UCUUAUUACCAGGGUCACAAGAGUUACAUCCCGAAUAUGAUUAGUGGAGCAUCUCAAGCCAACAUAGGUGUAUUGGUUAUAUCCGCUAGAAAGAAUGAAUUCGAAACUGGAUAUGAAAGAGGUGGACAAACACGUGAACAUGUUCAACUUGCAACGACGCUAGGAGUUUCUAAGCUCCUUCUUGCUGUAAAUAAGAUGGAUGAUCCUACUGUCGUCUGGUCUAAAGAAAGGUAUGAAGAGAUCCAAUGAAAAAUGAUACCAUUCUUAAAAUCAUCUCAAUACAAUGUAAAGAAAGAUGUUCAGUUCCUGCCAAUCUCUGGUCUCCUUGGUUCAAAUAUAAAAACUUGGGUGGAGGAAGGAGUAUGCGCAUGGUGGGAUGGUCCAUGCCUUUUUGAAGCUUUUGAUGCGGUAGAAGUUCCUCUGCAAGAUCCUGAAGGUCCACUAAGAAUUCCUAUUAUCGACAAAUUCAAAGACCCGGGAACUGUUGUUAUGGGUAAAACAGAAUCUGGGAGCAUUUGUGAAGGUGAUAGUUUGUUGAUGAUGCCAAAUAAGCAAAGCCCACCUGCAGUUACUGAGUUUGUUGCAGAGUUACAGAUCUUGGAGCUGUUGUACAAUGCUAUUUUUACUGCUGGCUACAAGGGUUUGCAUAUUCAUGUUAUUGUUGAGGAAUGCGAGAUUGUUGAACUGAUGCAGCAGAUUGAUAUCAAGAAAAAGAAGCCCAUGAAGAAAAAACCUUUGUUUGUGAAGAACGGAGCAAUCGUUCUAUGUAGUGUUCAGGUGAAUAAUCUGAUUUGUAUCGAGUUCUCUGAUUUUCCACCACUUGGGCGGUUCACACUUCGCAGUGAAGGGAAAACUGUUGCUGUGGGGAAAGUUACCACCCUUCCUACUGUUGCAAAUAAUGCGUGAACAACAUGAUAACUGAAAAGGUGAAUUUCCUGUUAUCUUUUCGGUGUUAAUAUCUGUUGUAAGUGAGUUUAUCUGUCACUUGCCAACUUUUGUCUUUAGGAAACAACAUCUCUACCUCCACGAGGCAGGGGUAAGGUCAAGGCCCCUGUACACUCUACCAUCCCUAAACUCCACUUAUGGAGGAAAGGUCAGUUGGACUUAGAUGACAGCAGACACAAUUUAUGGUCCUUUGCAGCAUUAACCUGGAGCUAAGUUGAUGUGAUCUGCUAUAUAUGCGCAAACGUUCACCAGUUUAGUCUCUGCCUACUGUGCUAUUGGUUCUGGUAUCCGUUAUACUUUUAUAUUUCCAUCUGAUGAUGGUGCAUGUUAUUUAAUGCGCUGUGCUGUAUGAAUCUAUUUUGAGUUUGGUAGAGGAUAGAUCCAUUUUACAUGCUAGUCGAUCUUAUAUAUGCACCAAAAAUACCAAUAAUUGGACCUUUGCUUAAUCCUUUUGAAAUACAAUUGCAUUGGUCGCCGUGCAUCGCAUAGAAAA